CUUGAACAUCGAGGGAACGCCGCACGCGUGAACGAGAAGCGAGAAGCAUGUUCCUCCGUGCGUGCACAUCCUAAAAAGAGAGCAGCAGCAGGAACACGAGAGGAGGAAUGAUGACGAUCCCGCCCCUCCCUUCAAUCCAACUCCAACUCUGCUGAAACCCCACCCUUUCUGCACCAAACAGCCGGCUAGAUUUGGUCUUCCCCAGCUAAAAAAACUGCAUCUUUCCUGGGCCAAAGACCCCGUCCCUGAGAAUCUGAGCUGAGAGAAGCCCCUUCUUUGUUCUUUCGUCGCGCAUUUCGCGUCUUUCGGAUUGGUUUCCCCCGCAUUCAGUCGAUUCAUUUGCUGCGAUUUGCGUCGUGGAUUCAAAUCCCCUGUCUGUCACCCAGUCCUCCAAUCCAAAGUGCAGAACACAUCCUGAGCAGUAGCAGCUUGCUAUCCACCAAGAACUCCACUACAAGAAUCACCCAAUCAUUUCUCCAGGAAAUCCCCAAUUCGGUCCUACGCCGCACCAGAUUACAGCUCAGAGUACCACGAGCUCGGGCUAGGUUUCCAGAGCAGAGUGGGGAAAAGGAGGAAGCAAUGACGGAGGUGGCGCUCCGCCGGGGCCCGACCGACCUCGCUUCCCCCGCAAGCCGCGGCCCCUCCUCCUCCCCGCGCUAUUUAGCCAAUGCCGACAGCGACGUGCUCCAGAGAGGCAGCAGCGGAGGGCGCCAUACAGGAGGAUCUGCAGGAGGAGAGGUGCAAGGGUCGGAGGAGGAAGAGGAGCGGUGGUCGUUCUUGGCCCUGCUGCUCGAGCUGCUGCGCAAGUCGCUUCUCGGUUGCAAGGAGGAGGAGGAGGGCGACGGCGGCGGCGGCUGCGGGAUGGAGAUCGGGUGGCCGACGGAGGUGCAGCACGUGGCACACGUCACCUUCGAUAGGUUCCAUGGCUUCCUGGGGCUCCCCGUCGAGUUCGAGCCCGAGGUGCCCCGCCGCGCUCCCAGUGCCAGUGCAAGUGUCUUUGGAGUUUCAACAGAAUCAAUGCAAUGUUCCUACGAUUCCAGAGGAAACAGUGUUCCGACGAUUCUCUUGAUGAUGCAAAGACGUCUUUAUGAACAAGGUGGUCUUCGGGCAGAAGGUAUUUUUCGUAUAAAUGCAGAAAAUAGCCAGGAGGAGAUUGUGAGAGACAGGUUAAAUCGAGGAAUUGUGCCGUAUGGUAUUGAUGUCCAUUGUUUAGCAGGUCUAAUCAAAGCGUGGUUUAGGGAACUGCCGAGUGGGGUGCUGGACCCUAUUCCACCUGAACAGGUGAUGCAAUGCCAAUCUGAAGAGGAUUGUGCUCGGGUUGCCAAAUGCCUUCCACUAACUGAAGCAGCCUUACUUGGCUGGGCUGUCAAUUUGAUGGCUGAUGUUGUCCAAGAAGAACAUAUAAACAAGAUGAAUGCUCGUAACAUCGCUAUGGUUUUUGCACCAAAUAUGACUCAGAUGGCAGAUCCUUUGACUGCACUGAUGUAUGCAGUGCAAGUGAUGAAUUUUCUCAAGAUGCUGAUACAAAAGACCCUCAAGGAUAGAGAAGAGUCCAACCUGGAGGAUGGGUCUUUGCCCCAAAAGGACUCACCUGAUGAAAAUGGGCAUCAUAACCACUGCCUACCUAUCGAUUCUCACCAUCAGGAAGGAUCAAGGCGUCCUUCUUUUUUCAGCGAGGAGCCUCUUCUGAACAGCCCUGGGCACGGCACUGAAGAUAAGCCUAAUGGGACUAAUCCUGCCGGAGGAGACUCUCCACCUUCUGGCCAGACAGGCAACGUCCUGACAAACACGGAGGGCUCCUCUAGUUGGUCCCAACCUCUUCCUGCUGCUCCAUUCACCGCUGAUGCUUCCUGUGAUACAACUGUGAAUUCACUUCAAGGCAAGGGGAGCCGCAGCUUGAACAGUAGGAGGACUAGAAAGGGCAAGGGGCAGUCUGGGACACCCGCCAUUUCUCCAGCUGAUAAAAAAACACGAGGGGCGAGCAUCGUGAGCAGGUUAAACUCCACGGUUGAACGGAUCGAAGCGUGGAGAUGAAUGAGAUGAGCUGACGCUGUCAUUUCUCUGGUGUAAUAGAUUACUGACACGAUGUGUUCCUGCAUAUAGGAACGAUCGAGAAUUGGUGUUCCCGCUGUUCUGCAUUUUUGAUGUGGUUAUUAUUUCCUGUCAGAUCACAAUCUUUGUAUUUUUUGUUUGUUCCCCCGCCUACACUAACUUCUGUAUCUUGCUUAUUGAUACUUCUCAUUGUUGAGUAAAUUAAACUGAGGCUGCUGUUUUACAUAAAUUUCUUCAAAGUGCUAAAUGCUCAUUGCAUCUUUCACCUUA